GCCCGGGUCUCUGGCCGUCCCCAGACUGCGGUGUGGCUUGUGAAUCCUCCUGCUAACCUCUCCAGUCUAGACCCCCCCGAGCCACUCCGCCCUAAGAUGGGCCGUGGGGCCGGACGCGAGUACUCGCCUGCAGCCACCACUGCAGAGAAUGGAGGCGGCAAGAAGAAACAGAAAGAGAGGGAGCUGGAUGAGCUGAAGAAGGAGGUGGCCAUGGAUGACCACAAACUGUCCUUGGAUGAGCUGGGCCGUAAAUACCAAGUGGACCUGUCCAAGGGCCUCACCAACCAGCGGGCCCAGGACAUUUUGGCUCGGGAUGGGCCCAAUGCCCUCACCCCACCACCGACAACCCCAGAGUGGGUCAAGUUCUGUCGCCAGCUUUUCGGGGGCUUCUCCAUCCUUCUUUGGAUUGGGGCCAUCCUCUGCUUCCUGGCCUAUGGCAUCCAGGCUGCCAUGGAAGAUGAACCCUCCAACGACAAUCUAUAUCUGGGCGUGGUGCUGGCAGCUGUGGUCAUCGUCACUGGGUGCUUCUCCUACUACCAAGAGGCCAAGAGCUCCAAGAUCAUGGAUUCCUUCAAGAACAUGGUUCCACAGCAAGCCCUCGUGGUGCGGGAGGGUGAGAAGAUGCAGAUCAAUGCGGAGGAAGUGGUGGUGGGAGACCUGGUGGAGGUGAAGGGUGGAGACCGCGUGCCUGCUGACCUCCGGAUCAUCUCUUCUCAUGGCUGCAAGGUGGACAACUCAUCCCUAACUGGGGAGUCAGAGCCCCAGACCCGCUCCCCUGAGUUUACCCAUGAGAAUCCCCUGGAGACCCGCAAUAUCUGCUUCUUCUCUACCAACUGCGUGGAAGGCACUGCCAGGGGCAUCGUGAUUGCCACAGGUGACCGGACGGUGAUGGGCCGCAUAGCCACUCUGGCCUCAGGCCUGGAGGUUGGGCGGACCCCUAUAGCCAUGGAGAUUGAACACUUCAUCCAGCUGAUCACAGGAGUGGCUGUGUUCCUGGGCGUCUCCUUCUUUGUGCUCUCCCUCAUCCUGGGCUACAGCUGGCUGGAGGCAGUCAUCUUCCUCAUCGGCAUCAUCGUGGCCAACGUGCCUGAGGGUCUGCUGGCCACUGUCACUGUGUGUCUGACGCUGACAGCCAAGCGCAUGGCGAGGAAGAACUGCCUGGUGAAGAACCUGGAGGCGGUGGAGACGCUGGGCUCCACCUCCACCAUCUGCUCUGACAAGACGGGCACCCUCACCCAGAACCGUAUGACCGUCGCCCACAUGUGGUUUGACAACCAGAUCCAUGAGGCUGACACCACCGAAGACCAGUCUGGAGCCACUUUUGACAAACGGUCCCCUACAUGGACGGCCCUGUCCCGGAUUGCCGGCCUCUGCAACCGUGCCGUCUUCAAGGCCGGGCAGGAGAACAUCUCUGUGUCUAAGCGUGACACAGCCGGUGACGCCUCCGAGUCAGCUCUGCUCAAGUGCAUCGAGCUGUCCUGUGGCUCCGUGAGGAAGAUGAGGGACAGAAACCCCAAGGUGGCGGAGAUUCCUUUCAACUCCACCAACAAGUACCAGCUGUCCAUCCAUGAGCGAGAAGACAGCCCCCAGAGCCACGUGCUGGUGAUGAAGGGGGCCCCAGAGCGCAUCCUGGAUCGGUGCUCCUCCAUCUUGGUGCAGGGCAAGGAGAUCCCUCUAGACAAGGAGAUGCAAGACGCCUUUCAGAACGCCUACAUGGAGCUGGGGGGACUGGGGGAGCGAGUACUGGGGUUCUGUCAACUGAACCUGCCCUCUGGAAAGUUUCCUCGCGGCUUCAAAUUUGACACGGACGAACUGAACUUUCCCACGGAGAAGCUCUGCUUCGUGGGGCUCAUGUCCAUGAUUGACCCUCCCCGGGCUGCUGUGCCUGAUGCUGUGGGCAAGUGUCGGAGUGCAGGCAUCAAGGUGAUCAUGGUGACCGGGGACCACCCAAUCACAGCCAAGGCCAUUGCCAAAGGCGUGGGCAUCAUAUCAGAGGGCAAUGAAACUGUGGAGGACAUUGCAGCCCGGCUCAACAUCCCCGUCAGUCAAGUCAACCCCAGAGAGGCCAAGGCGUGUGUGGUGCACGGCUCGGACCUGAAGGACAUGACGUCGGAGCAGCUGGACGAGAUCCUCAGGAAUCACACGGAGAUCGUCUUCGCUCGGACGUCCCCACAGCAGAAGCUCAUCAUAGUGGAGGGCUGUCAGAGGCAGGGAGCCAUCGUGGCGGUGACGGGAGACGGCGUGAACGACUCCCCGGCGCUGAAGAAGGCGGACAUCGGCAUAGCCAUGGGCAUCUCAGGCUCGGACGUCUCUAAGCAGGCAGCCGACAUGAUCCUGCUGGACGACAACUUUGCCUCCAUCGUCACGGGCGUGGAGGAGGGCCGCCUCAUCUUUGACAACCUGAAGAAAUCCAUCGCAUACACCCUGACCAGCAACAUCCCCGAGAUCACCCCCUUCCUGCUCUUCAUCAUUGUCAACAUUCCCCUGCCGCUGGGCACCGUGACCAUCCUCUGCAUCGACCUGGGCACUGACAUGGUCCCCGCCAUCUCCUUGGCCUAUGAGGCCGCUGAGAGUGACAUCAUGAAGCGGCAACCGAGAAACCCGAGGACAGACAAGCUGGUGAACGAGAGGCUCAUCAGCAUGGCCUAUGGACAAAUCGGGAUGAUCCAGGCACUGGGCGGCUUCUUCACCUACUUCGUGAUCCUGGCAGAGAACGGUUUCCUGCCAUCACGGUUGCUGGGGAUCCGCCUCGACUGGGACGACCGCUCCACAAACGACCUGGAGGACAGCUAUGGACAGGAGUGGACCUAUGAGCAGCGCAAGGUGGUGGAGUUCACCUGCCACACGGCCUUCUUUGCCAGCAUCGUGGUGGUGCAGUGGGCCGACCUCAUCAUCUGCAAGACCCGCCGCAACUCGGUCUUCCAGCAGGGCAUGAAGAACAAGAUUUUGAUUUUUGGGCUCCUGGAAGAGACAGCGCUGGCUGCCUUUCUAUCCUACUGCCCAGGCAUGGGUGUGGCCCUCCGUAUGUACCCACUCAAGGUCACCUGGUGGUUCUGUGCCGUCCCCUACAGUCUCCUCAUCUUCAUCUAUGAUGAGGUCCGAAAGCUCAUCCUGAGGCGAUAUCCUGGCGGCUGGGUGGAAAAGGAGACAUACUACUGAGCCCACUGGAAAGAAGAACCAGGCACGGGAAAGAUGGGGUGCCCUGGAGGAGUUGCAGGGAUGGUGAUGGGGAGGGAGAAAAACUGGGGUGGCUUUAGGGGAAGAUUUGGGAGAGAGAAUGAGGCAAUUUAGCAGGCUACAUUGGGGGGAGCAGGUAAAUAAUCUUGAGGUGAUUGCCCCAGAGACCUAACUCUGAACAGCCAGAUUAGACACCCUCCCCAGAUCCUGCUCCAUCCCACUCCACCACGUUGUCUGUUUUUAUGAGGAACUGAAGGUUACUCCCGCCCUCCCCAUUCCCUGUACCUUUGCCCCCACCGCUCACUAGAACAGAUCAACAUCUAAAGGCAGGGACACCUCUAGCCAGGAGGAAGGACGAGGUCUCAGGUCACCAAUGUCUCUUUAUGUCUCCAGCCAUACCCCACUUCCCACCUUCACUCCUCUUGCUUCCUGCCCAACUCUGUCCCCCGCCUUCCCCUCUGACCUAGAAAUCACAAGCGGUUCCUCCUGUUGAGGCCAGAAAGGGAAGCUGGUUGAGAAGCUGGCCUGUCUCCCAGUCAAGGCCAGUUAGGAACCUCUAGAGGGGAGCCGGGCAUCACAGGGGGGUGAGAGGUUAGGGUAUGGCAGGGGAGGCAAACAACAAGGGGAGAGACACAAGGAAGGAAAGAGAGAUCAGUGACCAGGCAUUUGAUGUCUGGAAUCUCCAGGUAGACGUCUAGGCUCCAGCCCUGUGUCCUGCUCUUUUAGAGUGCCCUGCCGGCAGGCCAAAUUCAAUGUCAUCAGAGCAGCAGCAGAGGCGGGACCAGAAGGCAGUCAGGAAACUUCACUGAGAUCCCACCCGUGUGUCACAGUUCCCACCGGCCCUUGCUUGGCCGGCUGUUCGGCCCAUGAAGCCCAGGUGUCACAGGUGCCCCAGCACUCUCACUCACAUGCACUUGGUAACACCCGCCCUUCAGAAUGCUAAGAACUCCAAGCUCCAUGUUGUUCUGAGGGGACAGCUGCCAGUUCAUUCCCUGCCCCUCCCACCCCCUUCCCCUUCAUGCCCAUGCUGAUGAACCUGCAUUAUUCCUAGGCACUGCCAAGCCAGGAGUUCCCUAGCCAACAGCUGGCAUUGGGGUGGAGAGGUUCCCAGAACCUUCCUGUCUUCAAGGGACAUGCAGAAUCAGCCUAGGUCACCAACAUGGUGAGACCUCUGGGCCAGACAGAAAGGACUAGACCUGCCUUUGACCUCUCGGUCAGCAGAGCUAUUCCUCCAGGCAAAUGCCCUUCAUGCAGAUGUUCAUUGUGCCCAGUUUCCCUAAGAUGAGCAAUUGGUUUCCAGUUCCUACGGGAGAUACUUUUCCUCCCCUUACCCCCUCCCCACCUAGCACUUCUGCUCCGUAGGCAGCUCUGCCCAUUCUUCAAGGCUGGCUUAGAAGGCAUUGGGAACGUCCUGUAGAGAGACCUAGAUGAACAAAGCAAUUGAGAGACACCUAAGGAAAAUGCGAGACCUAAGGCAGAAAGGAAGGAAGCAUAAAACACAAACUUUAGGUCAAGACCAUACGCCACCUCCCACGUCUGUUACUUUAUUACAGUGGAAUUCUACUUUAUCAGAAACACCUUUAAAUAGAAAGUCAUUGCCUUGGGCUUGGAAAACUAAGUGGGAAACCACAACGAUUUGGGCCUGAUUAAUCUGAGAUUUAUUGACUGUGGAUAAUAGAUUAUCUUCGCACAAUCAAUACAAAGGCAUUUGUUUAGUAAAUUAAGAACAUAAACAAUAUUGCUAAGGGUGGCAUAUUUAGAAUGCCUAAAACAACCCUUUUCAAGCACUUUAGCGAUCUCCAUUUAGAAGUAGUGAGUGUAUGGGCUAAUUAUCAUCAAUUCUUAUGUGUUUGUUAAAGAAACAUCUGCAAGACCUUUACUUGGUGACCUUUUAUAAGACAUUAGUUUGAGGCACUACAUAUGUACUUGAAAAUAAUAAAGUUGCAUUUCUUUAUGAAAAAAGAAAUCCCUUCCAUAAUUCAGAUGUCUAUACUGAAUACUUUCUACACUCCCAAAUUGUGGAAUUGAAAUGUGUGCUGAAGCAGAACUUGGCUUAUAGAGAAAGCAGUAAGAGCUGGCAGGGAACAGGGAUAGGAGGGAAAUAAUCUGGGAGCAGAUGAUAUCAGUGAAGAAGGAUAGAAGGGAAGAAAUUAGGUUGUAAAAUGAUCUAGAAGAAAAUAUAGUAAGGCCUCCUUCCUCUUGGCUGAACCCACCUAAAGAACCACAAAGGUUUGUCCAGGAUAGGAAAGGGUUUAUGAGUCUAUUAGGGCCCAAAUCCUUGGGGCCACUUCCACUUUUUGUUUCAGACCAAAACAAGGCCACUCUCAAUCUGAGGAGGGAGGAAGGAGACGCUGGGCUGAGGGGCCCUGAUUGUCAGCACCAGUUCUAUACUGUGUGCAGAGCCCUGUUCUGGGUGCUGUCUUUGGGGGAUGGAGGGAAAAGUAGGUGCAAUCCUCGAGGGUCACCAUGUAGCAGACCUCAGAAACCUUCCUAACC